CUGAAUCCAUGCCAUCGCCAUAGCCGCGCCACCACUUUUCACAAUCUAACCCCAGUACCAGGACACUCAAGAAUCAUCCGAGUCUUAUCGUAUAUCCAAUUCCCAAUUCUCAUGAAUUCUUCUUGAUUAAACGAUGCAGAAUUUGUGUUUUUCACGAGGUGUUCUUACCCGAUUAAGAGCCAAGAAUCUAAAAGCUCAAGGGGGUUUUUUGUUGAAACUGCUGGUUGUAGUUUGGCUGUAUUAAAUGAUGGGAAGAAGUCUUAGCCCUUUACUACAGAAGGAACUGGAGAAGAAUCUUGAUUUGGAUAUGAAAUCUAAUGAAGGGUUAUUCAGCACUUCAGCUGACAAUGAAGUGCCUAAUGACGCAAUCUCACUCGAUGAGGUUGAUAACAUCAUGGGAACCAUCAUCAAGACCUUGAAAUCCUCCACUAAAGAGUCAUUUCCACUCCAUUCUCAAUCUUGCUUGAGAGCAAUUUCAGCCAUAGCAAGGUACGGGAUGGGCCCCACUACCCCAGAAGAGAAGAAGCAACACAUCGUUCGCUCCCUAGCCAAGCCGCUCUCGGACUGCCUCUUGGCCACUCAAGAAACCCUCUCUUCUGGGGCUGCCCUAUGCCUAAAGUCCCUUGUAGACUCUGACAAUUGGAGGUUUGCUUCUAACAAGACAGUGAACCACGUCUGCCAAACGGUUUCUGGUGCAUUGGAGAAGCAUAGGGAGAUAAGCUCUCACAUGGAGCUGGUCAUGUCCCUGGCCAAGCACAACAGUUUGGUCAUUGAAGCCUAUGCAAGAUUACUGGUUCAAUGUGGAUUGCGCGUUCUAAGGCAAGAGAAUGAUCACACACGAUUAUUAGCAGUGGUGAUGAUUAGCUGCCUGAUGAGGUAUCUGGAUCCAAGGAGUAUGCUGUCUGAGAUGGGAAUGAUUGUUGAAGAACUGAGGGCUCUUCAAGAAUCACCAGAUGAGACGAGCUGUGUUAGAGUGGCAGCAUUUGAAGCAUUGCAGUUGGGUAAAACAAUUUGUUCUGAGAAUCUCUGUGAAUUUGGUGAUGAUUCAGCCACCACAUCUUGGCCACGUUCAAUGAGCACGAACCGGAGACUCUGGAAAAGGCACGAAAAUGACGCGGUGGGUUUAAUAGCAGAUAAUAACAGCUCCCAUUUUUAUGGAAAGAACAAGAACAGCGCGCGUUCUAGACGUCGCAGAGAAAACAGGGACAGAAAUGUUGAAAGCUCAAGAUCCGAUUCUUCUGCAGAACUUAAAAGCUUCAGAAAGGAUGAAACGAAACUGCACGGUUCGUAUACUCGGAAUUACAAGCGCAGAAUGAUUUGUGUUUUUUUAAUUCUUGUCGUUGCGAUUCUUGCAUUUUCAUUGUGGGGAGAGUAUCAAGAUGGCGUUUAUAACCUUGUCCCCACUUAGGCUUUGUGAAACUUUUGUUUGUUCAUGAAUUGGUUUGGUUAUCAUUGAAUUCGAGAACCAUUUAGGCUUUUUUGAAAGAUAUGAAUUUGUUCCAGUGUGAUUCUCUACAACUUCAGAUCUUUGCAUGGCUUUCCAAUUACUCCAUGAAAAAAUUGUGACUUUGCUCCAAUAUCAAAUGAAAUUACAAUUUUUUGGAAGGAGCCGUGGGAUUAUUUAUUGCUAGAAAUGAAUCUUUAUGAAAAUAAAUUUGCUCUCCAUAG